AUGGGCAUAAAGAAUGCUCAUAAAAUGGAAGACACGACAAGUGGAACGGAAGAGAAGAUAUCAUCACAUCAAUCAAUGUUUCUUGUUCAUCAACAACCGGAUGUAAUAGAUGAUACCGGAGAAGAUGGAUCUUUUCCAAUUAGAGAUGAAUGGUUGGAUAUAACAAAUCGAAUUGAUGAACAUCCAUCUGCUGAAGAAUUAGCAUAUAAUUCAGCCAGUCAAAUGGGAUAUUUAAUUCGUGAGCGACAAAAUGAUGAAAGUUGUAAAUCAUCCGUUGCUGCAUGUGAUGCUUAUACAUCGAUGUGGCCACAAAUUGAUGGUCUUUGCGACUUAUUUUUUGUGAAAUGUUUGGUUGAAGUAGCCGGUAUGAUUUGUCGUAAUUAUACUGAAAAGGACAUUUUCAAAUAUGCAGCAGACUUAUGCGACAAUGUAUCCGAUUUCUGCUCUCAAAAUCGAGAAGCAACAAUUUCAUUCUGCUGGGCGUAUCUUUAUCACCGGUAUGGAGAAAUUUCAAUGAAUCCACAACCUUCAAAAACCGGAUUUAACAAAUUUAUCGAAAGUUUCAUUUAA